GUGACCGUCCGAAUCCACGGUUCGCGUGCCGUGAGCCCAAACCUGGUUCUGAGGAUGAGACCAUGGCCCGGAGCUUCCACAGUGUGUCUGGGAGCUCCGUGGGAGGGCACACUCCAGUGCCCAGUGAGCGCAGCGUUGACAGCGUGCACUCGCUCGCUAGUGAUCACGUUGAUCACGGUUCAAAGACGCCUGAGCGCUCUGAGAGCCCUGCCGACGAGGCGAAGGGCUCGCCUUAUGCUGGCGGCGACGAGAGAGGCAAACCUCCGAACAAUCUCUCGCUUGCCGAGGGCCUUGAGCGUGCUCAGGCUGCUAAAGUUGCAGCCAAAGAGGCCAAGCACUCUAAAAAGCGCAUGACAUCUAAGUCUCCAUUCCGCGACGGGAAGGAGACUCGUGAUUAG